CCGGGGGUUAGCGCGCACCCGCAGGAAGAGGCCGCGCUCCCUUCGCGGCGCGGCGCGCUGCAGACCUGCGUGGCCGUCAGAGGGGAUUUAAUUAAGCCGAGAGCUAUAAAUCCCCGAGCCGCUGGGGGGGAGAUUGUGAACGCGCGCUUGCGGCGGCGCUCUAGGAACUGAAUAAAUGACGGGAGGAAAAAUAGAGCUUUUCGAAGAAAGCCGAAAAUGUCCCAAGUCAUGCUUCUUCCAGUGAUUCACAGAUGCCCUGGUCCCGGGUUUAAUUGAAUUCUAUGAAGUGGCAAUAUCACACUUGACAGCCUGCUGAGUUGACUGCCUUUUUAAAUAAAUGUUUUUGAGCAGCCAUGUUGACCUUUAAUUGGGGUGAAAAGGUUGAAAAGUGCAAGAGGAAACAUUGUGAGUGCCAGGCCCCUCUGGACCCGGCUGUCUGGACCCCGACUUUGCUUUAUUGGGCAGAAGCAGCCCUCUGGGCUCUGGACAAUGAAAGAAUAAAUCAGACAUUCCAGUUCUCAACAAAUACUUAGCCCUGUCGCUCACCCCUGACAAAUACCAGCUAAUACAAUUUUUAAUGAGUCCAAGUCUCUGACAGUUGUCACUAAUGUGAAUAGGGAUAUACAUCAGAAGAAACAAAAAGAAAGCUGGAAUAGCUCCUGAAUGGGAUUUUAUUCCUACUGGCAAUUUUUUUCAAGAUAAAAUAAAAUACCCCCUGGCUCAGAAUUAAGAUGCUCUGGUUUCAAGGAAACAGCCUGCAGAUUGCCAAAUCCUCAUUUGGACUCUUGCGAAAUCUCUCUGCCUCUAACACCACUCUGCCUGUGCUGACCUUAUUCACAAAGAAUCCAUGCCCACUCUGUGAUGAAGCCAAAGAAGUCCUCAAGCCUUAUAAAGACAGGUUUAUUUUGCAGGAGGUGGACAUCACACUUCCAGAAAAUGCUACUUGGUAUGAAAGGUAUAAAUUUGACAUCCCCGUCUUCCACCUGAAUGGCCAGUUUCUGAUGAUGCAUCGAGUAAACACCUCCAAGCUUGAGAAGCAACUUCUGAAACUUGAGCAGCGGGCACUGGAGACAAACUGAUGUCUUAUGAGUUCCUCCCUCUCUGUCAGAAGGCAUCUGCCUGAGGGGGGGACUGGGGUCUUGGAUGUCCUUGUCACUUUCAAGGUGCCCUUAUGAUGGUAUCACAUAAAUAUGUUGCCGUUACUCCUCUGUUUGAUGCAAGCACCUACAUGAGAACAGUCUGCGUAUGGGCAUUGUGUAACCUAGUGCACUGUAUGGAAGGGGAAGCUGUAGACAGAGAGGGAUCUGUUUGGUGGUUAUUGUUCCCUUUUGUGCCAAUGUGGAAACACGUGUCGUGUCCUGGACAGUGCCCUGAUAGGAAGGAGAUGCUGCAGUCCUGCUGCUAAGCAGCCCUAUUACUUUUAGUGGCGUAAAUGCUCUUCCACUAAAUAAACUGAAAUGUGAAUUGUUAAAAACUGUGCACAGUCAAUAAAGGGGUGUUUUAAUGAAUACAUCUGCACGCAGCUAUUUCAGUGGAAUUUAAUAAUACCUGUUUAAAAUUAGUGUUCACUUUUGUUGAGUAGAAGAGAAUAAUUAUCCUAGCCAAGGAGGCUUCUCUUCAGAAAGACAAAGGAGAUUUACCCCUCCAGAAUGUAUAUAACAGACUCUGCUGUUCAUGUCAUCGUGGAAUUGGCUUGUAAUGUUGAAGACUGCCUUAAGUUCUCAUCAGUUAGGUCAAUUCAACUAAUUGUACGAUAGUAACUUUGUCAAAUUUUAGUAUCUUGGGAAAAUUCAUUUUUCAUCAUAACUGAACACAUAUGUAUAUAAAUCCAAAGUACCAUGUUAUAUAAAGUAUUAAAAUGUGGUUUUGUCCCCUUA